CCUUGCAAGAAAGCGGUUUGUGCAAAGCUCCAUGGAAAUGUGUGAACGGAAUCCCUUAAAUCCCGGCUAUGUUGGUUCUCUGCUGAAUUUCGCUGCCCCAGAAUCGCUCUACUUCACCAACCUUUGCGGCAAUGGGGCCCAUAUACCAGGGCUGCAUCAGCUCCCUGCGUAUAGCAGAAGAGAGGUUUGCGCGCACCCGUGGUCUCCAUCAAGUUCGUGUGCGGCGGCUCCUCCGACUCAGAGCCGCCCCUUCGGAGGCUUCUGCCCGCCGUUCACCGGCUCCACCGGCGGCCUUGUCAAGGCGCACCCGGAGGAACGUGACCACGCUCGGUGCUUCGAAAAGACCCAGGAGGCUGGCAGGCUACAGGAAGCGGCGUAUGCUGCGUCGGAACACGGGAUCCGUGGAAUCUCAGAGUUAGAAACAGAGUCACACUGCUCUGAGACUCAGCUUGAUCCGGAUUCAUCAGCGCCCCUGAGCGGCACCAAGCAGGAGCACAAACCCACUGAGGCACCAUCAAAUAACGCGUGCUCCAGGACCACAUUUGGCCAAGGUGCCCCCUGGUGCUCCUCGCACGUGAAAGCCCGAAAGAAGAGGAAGCCUUACACGAAGUCCCAGCUCGCUGAACUUGAGAAUGAAUUUCUGCUGAACGAGUUCAUCAAUCGCCAGAAGAGAAAGGAACUGUCAGACAGACUCGCACUGAGCGACCAGCAGGUGAAAAUCUGGUUCCAGAACCGCAGGAUGAAGAAGAAGCGCCUCAUGAUGCGCGAACACGCUUUCGUCUCGUACUGAUGUGACCUUUGGACUUGAUCCUGAACCGGCUGGGGAAUUAUUCCAGACUUGCUGUGUCGUCCCUUCUCUGUUUUCUGUAUGUCUUCGCUGGUAUUAAAUUGUACGUCUCAUUUUUAUUAUUUGGAGUCGUGGGAAUGUUUUUGGAGCGGAUUAUUGAGCACAAAGCGCACGACUGCCACUCUACCGACCAGAUGUCUGAUCCUAUAUUUGCUCCUCUCUGUUUUCUGUCUCAGACAACAAAAGCACUUUGGCUAUUUUUAGGUAAGGAUGCCAGGAAAGGACCGCUUUCGCUUAAACCGGGAGUAUUUUCGCUGCACAAACGGGCACACUGUUGCACGCAAACACAUUUUGUUUCAUGGGACAAAAGUAAAAAGCUUAAAAUAUUAAGAUUCAAUGCUGAUAUUUCUUAUCUUAGAGCGCAAAGUUCGUAUUAGCUCAAGCUAAAUGAUAACAUUUUUCUUUUAUCGGAAUCCCUCUUUUUUUUUUUUACUACGAAGUUGUAUUUCGCGCGAAGGUUGUCUAGUGAUGACUCAAGUGGUUCCCUAGUAACAUUACUGUCAAGAUUGAAUGAUUAAAUAUUACCAAUAAAAUGUAGUAAAUUAUGUCGUGGUGACAUGUCCUUUCUAUCACACGUUUCGGCAAAGCAAAAUUCGUGCCCGCCUAUUUAAUUCCUUUCUGAAUCUACUUUAUAAUCUUUUAAAUCUUAUUUUCGUUUAUUUAUUUCUGGCUGAGCGAGUCGUUUGUUUGGGUAACAAUUUAAACGAGCAAUAGUGGAAGAAUCUGAGGGUGCUCCAUUAAACGAUAUAUAUUUGUUGUCUUUUUUUCCCCAUAUGGUUGCAAAGUGACUUGGUUCUUUUAUUCGGUUUAAUGCAUGUCGAAAGGGCAUUGAAUGUUUUUCUUUUUUUUAACACCAGAAAUGAUGCAUCUGUGGAAUUACAAAGAAAACCACGAACAGUCUCCUUCACGGACGGUAGGAAAAAUGGGUUGGUAGUCAGGACGCAACACCAUAAGACACGCAUCUGUAAAUAAACGUCAUUUUAAAAUAUUUGUUGUUGAAUAUUAUUGUAUAAUAUGUAUAUAUGGCGAUGUUUGUUCGUGUGUCAAUCAGAUACUCAGAUAUUUGCUCAGUGGAAUCUGUACCGCUUUUGCUAUUAGU